GGGAACAUUAGACAGCACAGCUUACAUAAACUCUGUUAAUCAUGUUAAUGGAUAGGUCCAAUGUGUUCCUUUGCUGGUUGUAGAGAUCUAGACUAGAUUGUAAAUGCAUUGCGUAAGAAUGAGUUUCAGUUCAAGUUUCAAGUUGAAAUUGUCAGAAAAUGUGACUACCAAGUACCAAGUGAUCUGUGUUUUCAAGUGUAUUUAUGCCCUUGUCAUUAUAUUAUUUUAUUAUUUGUCUUAAUUGCUUGAUGCAGAUGGAAAGUGUGCUUUUACUUAAUUUCAGUAAUUUUUUUUUGUUUAAAUUGAAAAUUGCAGAAAUCAAAUAGAGGUGGGAUGGGCAAGAAACUGCAGAAUAACACUGCGCUGGUCCGUCUCCGGCGGGACUACAUGCGCCUGAAGACAGACCCGGUUCCCUACAUAUCAGCCGAGCCACUUCCAUCAAACAUACUCGAAUGGCACUACAUCGUGCGCGGCCCGGAGGGCACCCCGUACGCGGGCGGCCUGUACCAUGGCAUGCUGCGCUUCCCGGUCGAGUACCCGUUCCGGCCGCCGAGCAUCUACAUGAUCACGCCGAACGGGCGCUUCAAGCCGAACACGCGUCUGUGUCUGUCCAUCAGCGACUUCCACCCGGACACUUGGAACCCCAGCUGGAGCGUGUCCACCAUCCUCACCGGCCUGCUCAGCUUCAUGCUGGAGGUGUCGCCUACCGUGGGCAGCAUCGAGACGUCUGACUACGAGAAGCGCAUCUACGCGCACCAUAGCCUGCAGUACAACCUCAACGACGCCACCUUCUGUGAACUGUUCCCCGACGACGUCCAGGAGAUCCAGGCGACUCUGGCCCGCCGCCGGGAGUCGGCCGCCGAGUCUGCGGAGGAGGCGGCCGGCGGCCCUCCGGCGCGCCGCUCGGCCGCCGACGCCCACUCGGGGCUCGGCGCCGCGCUCAGCAACCUGAUCGUCAUGGCCGGCUUCGUGCUCUUCGCCGGCGUCGUACACUACGUGGUGACGCAGGACUUGUAGGCGGACCGGAGCGGGCGGGAGAGGGCGGCGCGGCGGUUAGACGCUGGCCCGAGGUGGCGGGCUGGCCAGGGAGGCAGGCACGGGGGUCAGCCGCGGGCCGAAGGUGGCAGGCUGGCUCGCCGACCGUGGCGGCUAGUCGCUGGCCCGAUGUGUCGGGGUGAGCUGGGUAGGCAGGCACGAUGGUUAUCCGCAGGCCGGUAGACGGCGAUAUGCCCUGACGGAGGGAUGGUGGUGGUGUCCGGCCUGACGGCAUGCGGUCCGACCGGACGAUGGUCACUCGGCUCCCCGGGAGGCCACCAGACCAGCCCGCACCGGGCCCAUUCUCUGCGAACGGGCUGUGCGCCGAGGCCCGUCUGAACGGCCCGCCCAAGCAGCAGCCAGCCCGGUCAGCUGACCGCCGGCGAAGUGUUGUGAACGGCGUGAGUGUGUGCGUGCAAUGUGAGUUGUCGACGGGUGGGGGUAUUUUUUUCAGCUGGGAGAGGACCAGCUGACGCCGUGGCAGCCUCACAAGAUCCCGCUCAGCUUUAGGUUUCAUGAUUUGUUGUGAAACACUCGAAUAGUCUAUAUCUGUGUCACGUCCAACGCGAGCUAGAUGCACAAGGUGUGCAGGAAUUAGCGCGCUUUUAAUUAUCGUUGUGAGUGAUAUCCGUCGACUUUCCCAAGGAGUUACCGUAUCAAAUCGGCAGUAGAGCCGAUACUAAGCGGCGUAUGUCGUAACACUGCAUCGGACACCCUCUGUACAUGGUAUAUAGGUUGAAGCAGAUAUAUAUCUAGCGCAUCCUGUUACGUUGCGCACAAUGGCUGUAUGAUUGAUUGUAUUUGGGGUUGUUGGGUCCCAGUGGUGUCGGUCGUCACCAACGCACUAAGGCCGCCCAGUGGUGACCGCGCCCCCGGUAGGUCCCGCCGCGCGUGUGGGCGGCCCAGAGCUGCUCCGGGGACGGGGCGCGUGGGCCGGCGCCGGCGGCCCACAGCUGUUGGAAGGUGCCCGCGCUUACCAUAUGCGAAGCUGAAUAGAUAUAUAGUAGCGAUCGAUUGCCCGUGAGAGCGGGCGGCGGCGCGAGGCAGACUCACAGCUCUGACGAUGGUCGACGUGGUGCGACUGAAGCCAAAAUAAACAUUUUGAUACAGA